AUCCAAUUUACGGAAAAGUUCGUCAAAUAGGCAGCUGUCCGCCGCUUUCUGCACUUUGUGCAGCGCCAGCUCUCUUCAGUGGACUUUCGCUGAUACUUGAUACCCGGGAGGUAACACCAGUUAAGGGGUGGAAUAACCGCAUGAGCGGCGCUUCUCGCAGCAGACCAUGGAAUCCCAGCGGGACUGGGCGACCACACGGGGGAACACUCAGACGUCCAGAACCGCGAUUUAUUAUGACCGGACUCCGAAGAGCGGGGGAGGCGCUCCGGAGAUGUAUGGGGAUCUAAUAUGAAUCGCAGCUUGGCUUCGGCGCUGAUAAGGAUCUCUGGUGUGGAACAUGGCGCGGCGGAGCAGCAGCGCUCCGCUCCGGUCCCUGUCCUUGGCGGUGAUUCUCACGCUGCUCUCCCUCGGCGCUGUACACUCGCAGGUCUCCGUUAACGAGGUUUCCAGCUUUAGUCUCAACCCCCCGUACUUCAACCUGGCGGAGGGGGCCGCGAUCUCCGCCACGGCGACGUGCGGCGAGGACGAGACCGGGAAUCCCAGGAAAGACCUGUACUGUAAACUGGUCGGAGGACCGACCACGGGACCCCCGAGUCAGACUAUACAGGGUCAGUUUUGUGACUACUGCAACUCCAAUGAGCCCAAUAGGGCGCAUCCGGCGAGCAAUGCUAUAGAUGGGACAGAGCAUUGGUGGCAGAGUCCACCUCUUUCUAGGGGGUCGAGGUACAACGAGGUGAACGUCACGCUGGACCUCGGACAGCUUUUCCAUGUUGCAUAUGUCAUCAUCAAGUUCGCCAACACCCCUCGUCCUGACCUUUGGGUCCUGGAGCGGUCCGUGGACUAUGGGAGGACCUUCAGCCCUUGGCAGUACUUUGCACAUUCAAAGCGAGACUGCAUUGAAACUUUUGGAAAGCAUCCCAAUGGACGUAUCACUGGAGACGAUGACCAGAUCUGCACCAUAGAGUACUCACGGAUUGUACCUCUGGAGAAUGGCGAGAUUGUGGUCUCACUGGUUAAUGGUCGACCAGGAGCAAAGAACUUCACCUACUCACCAGUGCUACGAGAUUUCACCAAGGCCACUAACAUCCGGCUGCGAUUCCUACGGACGAAUACUCUGCUGGGGCAUCUCAUUUCCAAGGCGCAGCGUGACCCCACGGUCACACGCCGGUAUUAUUAUAGCAUCAAGGACAUCAGUGUCGGCGGUCGAUGCAUGUGCUACGGGCACGCGGAAGUUUGCGGAGCCAGCAGCCGGGAUGACCCCAAACGGCACAGCUGUGAGUGCCAACACAACACCUGCGGAGAGUCGUGUGACAGCUGCUGUCCGGGCUUCCACCAGAAGCCGUGGCGGCCCGCCACAGCCGACAGCGCCAACGAGUGCCAGCCCUGCCAGUGCCACUCGCACGCCACGGACUGCUAUUACGACCCAGAGGUGGAGCGCCGACAGGCGAGUUUGAACAUCUACGGCAGAUAUGAGGGCGGAGGGGUGUGCAUCGACUGUCAGCACAACACGGCGGGCGUGAACUGCGAGCGCUGUGCGGAGGGCUACUACAGGCCUUACGGCGUACCCAGGGAGUCCCCCAGCGGAUGCAGACCAUGCCCUUGUGACCCACGGACCACCACCGGCUGCGAGGACACGUCAGGACGCUGCGUCUGUAAGCCGAACUUCAGCGGCAACACCUGUGAGCGCUGUGCAGAUGGUUACCAUGGUUACCCCCGAUGCCUCUGGUACGCCACCACCACGAAAACUCCCGCCGGCCAUAUUAUCGACACAACUGGCUGCCCGGCCGGGUUCUUUGGAUCACCCAGCUGCCAGCCUUGCAGGUGCCAGAGCCCGGGGGCCGCCGGCCCCGUCUGCGACGGACAGACAGGGGACUGCAGGUGUCGGCCGGGAUUCGGGGGCCGGUUGUGUGAUCGCUGCAUUUCAGGGCACUUCGGCUAUCCCUACUGUCAAGGCUGUCCGUGCGAGCCCAGUGGGACCCUCCGGGGGGUGUGUGACUUGUCCGGCCGGUGCCUGUGCCGUCCCGAAACGGAGGGACCCCCGGUGCGAUCGCUGUCGCCCCGGCUACCAUUCCUUCCCACGCUGUGCAGCUUGCCAUGUUCCCACGUCGGCACCUAUGAAUCAUCAUGUGACCAGGACACCGGGCAGUGCGUCUGUCGCCCCGGCAUUUCGGGGCGGUAUUGUGACCGGUGUGCUGCGCCGGAGCUCACAUUCCCCCACUGUGGAGGUCCAGUCAGCCCGUGCAACCCGCUGGGGUCUGACAGCAACGCCGUGGGCCCAUUCAUGGGCACCUGCCAAUGUCUGCCUGCAGUGGAGGGACGCCUCUGUGACAGAUGCAAACCACUGUACUGGAACCUGGCUGCAGAGAACCGCCGCGGCUGCACUGAGUGCCAGUGUGAGGUAAAGGGCACUUUGAGUGGCGUGGGUGAGUGUAAUCAGCAAACUGGUGAAUGUCACUGCAAGCCCAAUACCUGCAGCCACGCCUGUGGCACCUGCACGGACGGCUAUUACCUGCUGCAGAGGAGGAACUACUUUGGCUGUCAAGGCUGCCAGUGUGAUGUGGGUGGAGCACAAGGGAGCGGCUGCGAUGAGCAGUCCGGUCAGUGUCGGUGCCGGAAACACGUGGAGGGUCUUGCCUGCACUCAGCCCAAGACCAACUUUUACAUCCCAGACCUGCACCACCUGAGGUACGAGCUGGAGGACGGCAGCACCCCUCAUGGCAGACCUGUGCGUUUUGGCUAUGAUGCCAGCGAGUUCCCAGGAUUCAGUUGGCGGGGGUAUGCCACAAUGUCUGCCGCUCAGAUGGAUGUCCGAGUGACCGUGCACGUGGCUGAAACCGGGCCCCUGCUGUUCCGGGUCAUUCUUCGCUUUGUUAAUCCAGGAGCCUCUAAUGUGGUUGGCCAUGUUCUGGCUCACCAUGUGAGGGCUGGGGAAGGGCAAGGACAUAGUAAGGAGGUGACGUUCCCCCCCAGUUCUCACCCUUCUUUCCUUACUGUUCCGGGUGGCAGCUACCCGGAGCCAUUCCCGUUAACCCCUGGGAAGUGGAUUAUUCGCAUUCGGGCCCAGGGUGUCCUCCUGGACUAUCUGGUGCUGCUGCCCAGCAGUUACUAUGAGGCCCCCAUCUUGCAGGAGAGGGUAACCGAGCCAUGCACCUAUUUGACCACUGCAGACAACACAGAUAGGAACUGCCUGCUGUACAAGCACAUACCCAUGGAUGGCUUCCCCAUGGCAUUAGCCUCUGUGGGGGUGCUCUACUCCAAUGAUCAGAGGGCCAGGCAGGGCCACGUUCGGCGGCCAACUGCCCAGCACCCGGAGAUGGCUUCUUUCAGCGGGCAACAGACACAGCUGCGGCUGAUGCUCCGUGUGUCCGAGCCGGGCCAGUAUGCACUGGUCCUGGAGUAUGCCAAUGAGGCGGAGGAGAUGCGGAAUGUGAACCUCUUUGUCGGCGGGCAGACGCAGGCCCCAGCCCAGGCCAGGGUCAACAUCUACAGCUGCGCGUACAGCUUUCUCUGCCGAAGCGUGGCCUUGGACCAGAGCAACCGUGUGGCCCUUCUCCAGCUGGCCCACAGGACAGAGAUCAUCUUGGAGACUCACGAGACCUCUGUGCUCCUGCACAAGGUGUACGCCAUCCCCAAGGAGAACUUCUCCAUGGAGUACGUGGACCCGAAGGAGCUCUGUGUGUCCGUCCAUGGCCACUUCACACUGGACAGCUACUCUACCAGCCCGUUCUGCGUCCCAUCCCAGUUUGACAUCCCGUCCUCAGCCCUGGUCCUGGAUGCUGUCCGCGAGGGCCAGCUGUCCAUCCCGCCUGGGUCAUCCCCGCCCAUCGUGGGGAGGCCCAUCCCACAUCUUGGCAGCCGUCGAGAAGGGGUGCUGCUGAAGUCCCCCCAGACGGAGAUCAGCUUCCACUCCAGACUUAUGACUCCCGGCCGUUACACAUUCGUGGUCCACUACCUGCAGCCGGAGCAUCCUUCCUUCCCUGUCGCAGUUCUGGUGGACGGAGGGAGGCCCUGGACUGGUACCUUCAAUGCCACGUUUUGCCCCCACAUCUCGGGCUGCCGGGUCCAGGUGUUCGCUGAGCAGAGCAUCUCCCUGGAUGUCCCCCGCCCGGAGCUGACAGUCACCCUCAGAGUGCCCCUGGGGAAGACCCUUACCCUGGAUUACAUCCUGGUGGUCCCCGACGAUGCCUAUUCACCCAGCCUCAUGAAGGAGAAGCCAAUGGAUAAGUCAUCGGUCUUCAUAAACCAAUGUGGGACCAACAGUUUCUACAUCAACCCCAACUCUGCCUCACGGUUCUGUCGUGAAUCGGCCCGUUCCCUUGCGCUCUUCGGCAACGACGGCGCCCUGCCCUGUGCCUGUCACCGGACGGGCUCCACCAGCCACACCUGCGAGCCUGUGGGGGGGCAGUGCCCCUGCAGGCUGCACGUCAUCGGCCGGGAGUGCACGCGCUGCGCCACAGGCUUCUACGGCUUUCCGUACUGCAAACCCUGUCAGUGCGGCCGACGCCUGUGCAACGAGUUGACCGGCCAGUGCAUUUGUCCCCCGCACACGGUGCGGCCGGCCUGCGACACCUGCGAGAGCCACACAUUCAGCUACCACCCCCUGCUGGGCUGCGAGGGCUGCGACUGCUCCCCCAGCGGCGUCAGCGUCAGCUCGGGGACUGACUGCAACCGCAUCUCGGGGCAGUGUCCGUGCAAGCCCAGGAUCACGGGGAGGCAGUGUGAUCGUUGUGCGCCGGGCUUCUACGGCUUCCCAGAAUGCAAUGCCUGUAGCUGCCACCCCGGGGGGGUUCUGCCAGACGUCUGUCACCCUGAGACCGGCCGCUGCCUCUGCAAGAAAAACACAGAGGGCAGCGCCUGUGAUUCCUGUCGCCUGGGUUCCUUCCACUUCGAUGAGACCAACCCAGUUGGCUGCCUCAGCUGCUUCUGCUUUGGAGUCACAGAGCGGUGCCGGAGCUCGGACAAGCGCAGGGGGAAGUUUGUGGACAUGCGGGACUGGAGGCUCGAGACGGAUGAUCGGGAGGAGGUCCCCUCGGUGUUCAAUCCAUCUAGCAACACGGUGGUGGCUGACGUGCAGGAGCUGCCUGCAGUAAUCCACGGCCUCCACUGGGUGGCGCCACCGUCUUACCUGGGUGACAGGGUUUCUUCUUACGGGGGCUUCCUGACGUACCAGAUGAAGUCGUUUGGGAUUCCCAGUGAGGGCAUGGUGCGGCUGGACAGGAAGCCCGAUGUCCGGCUGAGCGGACAACAGAUGAGCCUGGUCCACCUAGACCCCCAGCAGCCCUCUCCGGACCGGCUGUACCAGGGACGGGUCCAGCUGCUGGAGGAACACUUCCGUCAUGCCAGAUCGGGCAGCCCCGUGUCCCGGGAGGAGCUGAUGACGGUCCUCGCCGGCCUGGACUCCCUGCACAUACGGGGGCUCUUUUUCUCCCAGAGCCAACGGCUGACCCUGGGUCACGUGGGCUUGGAAGAGGCCAGCUCCACCGGGAGCGGGGGGGCGGCCAGCAACGUGGAGGCAUGUGCCUGCCCCCCAGAGUACCGCGGAGACUCCUGCCAGAGGUGUGCACAAGGGUACUACCGAGAGAGGAGUGGCCCCUACCUGGGGAGGUGCGUGCCCUGCGUGUGUAACGGACGCUCCAACGAGUGCGAGGAGGCGACUGGCCGCUGUCUGAAUUGUCAGCACAACACCGCUGGGGACCGCUGUGAGCGCUGCCAGGAUGGUUACUAUGGCGAUGCCACCCGUGGAACCUGCCACAUCUGCCCGUGUCCAUUCACGGCGCCAACCAACAGUUUCGCAACUGGCUGCGGGGAGGUUGAUGGAAGGUUCCAGUGCAUCUGUAAACAGGGCUACAGUGGAGACAGAUGCCAAAGGUGUGCCCCCGGUUACUACGGCGACCCUAUGGCUCUGGAGGGCAGCUGCCAGCCUUGUAAUUGCAACGGCAACACCGGAGGCUGUGACCCCAGGACCGGUGUGUGCAAUAACAGCUUGGAGCCGAAAGACACCGGCAUGGAUCAGGGGCAGUGUCAGGAGUGUGACAGCUGUGUCCAGACCUUGCUGAGCGACCUGGAGGGCAUGGAUGAAGAGCUUACGAGCCUGAAGGAAAAGCUGGAGAAGGCCCACACCAGCUCUGCCACCCAGGAGAGGCUGAAGAAACUCGAGGACACCAUAGCGGCCACGAAGGCUCUGAUGAGCAGAUACAACACCAGUGUGCAAGGCCAGUGGACCAAAGUAGCACAGCUGGACGCGGAUGUCCAGAACUUGGAUGAUGAUAUAAAUGUUCUCAAAGAGAAGGCUGACAGUAGCUAUCUGAAGGGCCAGCAAGCAUUGGAGAACAUUGAGGAGACACAUCUGAAGGCCAAAGACUUGCUGUCUGAGGCCCAGAAGCUCUUCAAGAAAAUACAAGACCUGCUGAAGGAGCUUGACGGUGCCACUGACGGGGUCCCCCCUGCGGAUCUGACCCGGAUGCUGGCAGAGGCAGAGCGCAUGGUGCAUGAGAUGGAGCAGCUGAGCUGUGCAGACCAGCUGCGGGAGGCAGUCAGCGAGCGGGAUGAAGCACAGAAACUGCUGGACUACAUCAGGAACAAUGUGACCAAGCAGUACGAGUUGAACGAGAAGGCUGCCAGGAGAAUCGCGGGCCUGCUGAAUGACUACGAGUCCAAGCUCCGAGACCUGAGGGGGGCCUUGAAAGAGGCUGAGGACACAGUAGAGAAAGCCAAGGCCCAGAACAGGCUGAACACUGCUGGCCUGGAGGCCCUCGAGAGACGCACGGAGGAUCUGAGGAAGGAGAAGGACAGUGUCUCCAACCAAAUCCAAAUGGCAAAGAACCAGCUGAAGAGCACCGAAGAUCUUCUCAAAAUGCUUCAGGAUAGCAAGAAGGAAUACGAGAUGCUUGCCGCGCAGCUGGAUGGCGCCAAAAUGGACCUCAUCAAGAAGGUGAACCUCAUCUCCACGGCUGCUGCCAAAGAGGACCUGGUGGUGAGGGCGGAGAAGCACGCUGAGCUCCUCAAUCAGCUAGCCAUGGAUUUGCAGGAGGCAGUGAGGAAUGCCAGUAGGAGCUCGGGUGUGCGAGACGCCAUCGAUGCCAUCGAUGCAUAUAAGAAUAUCACAGAAGCAAUCCAGGCUGCGGAGGAGGCCGCACGAAAGGCGAAGGAUGCAGCUGAUCAAGCCCUGAGGGAUGUGCUGCAGGAGGAUCUGCCAAAGAAGGCCAAGGAGAUGAAAGACAAGGGAGAAAUGCUUCUGACCGAGGCUAAGGAUGCAGAGAGGGACCUCGAAGGAAUUAAGGACAAGCUGAACAACCAGAAGCAACAGCUAGACCGAGCAACAAAGAAAAAAGAUGCACUGAAUAAGGAUCUUCUUGCUGCCCAAGAUGAACUGGGCAAGAUCAGACGUGACGACAUUGGUGACAUCAUUAAAAAUGCAAAGAGGACAACAGCUUCAGCCAAUGACACAGCCAAUGAUGCACUUGACAAGCUCAAGAAACUCCAAAGUGAAAUAGACAACAUCACAGUCCCCAAAAUUGAUUCUUUUGAUGAUAUACUGAAUGACGUAGACCAAUCGGUGAAGAACCUCAGCAGCACGAUUCCAUCGCUGCUGAACAAGAUCUCCCAGGUGGAGAACCUGACCACCCAGCUGUCAACGACUAAUGUGUCUGAGAACAUCCGGAAGAUCAAGGAGCUGAUUGAGUUAGCCAGAGAUGCUGCCAACCGGGUUGUUGUCCCCAUGAACUUCAAUGGGGACGGAUACGUGGAACUGCGCUCGCCUUCUGACCUGGAGGACCUGAGGGCCUACACCUCCCUGUCGCUGUCCCUCCAGCGGCCCAAAAGCGGAGACUCUGGACGGGGUGAUGAUCGCCGCCGGCGACGACAGAUCCCUGACACCGAGGACAUGUUUGUGCUGUACCUCGGCAACAAGAACUCCACCAAGAACUACAUGGGAAUGUUUCUGAGAAACAACGAGCUGAUCUACAUCUACAAGCUGAAUGACCGUGUGCACGAGAUCAAUUCCUUUAGCAUCACCCAAUCUGACCCAGAGGUGGCCACCUUUGACAAGAUUGACUUACGCAGAAUAUAUGAAGAUGCUCAGCUGACCAUUACAAAGCCGUCAAAACCAAACAGUCCUGAGCCACCAGUAUCCGCGAUGGAGAACGGAGAUCCCGCGCACAACUUGUUUGAUGUGGAUCCAAGUGAUGUUGUCUUCUACGUUGGUGGAUACCCUGAUGACUUCAACCCACCAGAACUCUUACGUUUGCCCAAAUACCAAGGCUGCAUUGAGCUGUCUACCUUCAAUGAGAAAUUCAUCAGCCUGUACAACUUCAAGAAUGCCUUCAGAGUAAACCAGAAGGCACCGUGUAAGAGGCAAUCCCAGUCAUCGGUGUCUUACUACUUUGAAGGCACGGGCUACGCAAGUGUAAAUAUCUCAGAUAAAUCUACAGAGAAAACUCUCCGAUUAAGUCAAAAUAUCUACACCCGAUCGGAGAAUGCACUGCUGCUGUACCUUGGAAAUGAGGACUCUUACUACAGUAUUAGUGUGGAACAAGGCUAUGCCGUGUUUAGGGGGCGUGAAGGAAACAAGAUUUUGCCAACAGUGACAAGCCAAGAAAAGAUAAUUCCUCUGGACGAGAACAGUGAGAUCUCCUUGGUCCUUUUAACAAAUUUCAGAUCAGUUCUUGUUGUGAAAAAUAAAGCGAUAUUGAAUAACCUGAUGAUUAAUCAAGGAGUGUAUCAGAAGUAUUAUAUUGGUGGCCUGCCUUCAUCAUUGAGAGAAAGAGAUAACAUCACCAUUCAGCCAUUGAAGGGAUGCGUGAAGAAAAUCAAGGUGAACAGUAACUCAGAGGUGUUUGAUGAAGAAGUCGGCAUCAGCCAGGGCUGUCCUACAGAAUUUUUCGCCGCACGCAAAGCUGAGUUUAGCCUCGGGAGCUCACUGUCCAGUCCGCUGCCGGGCUUCCAGCUAGCAGAUGGCAUGACAGUGUCCCUGGGCUUCCGGAGCACUGAAGGCCAAGGUCUCCUGCUGAAGAAGAGCGAGGAGGUCGAUGGACUCGAACUGUCCCUGGCUGAUGGCUUUGUGAACCUGAGGUUCAAUGGCAAACUUUGGAAGUCACAUAAAACGUAUAAUGACGGCAAAUGGCACUAUGUGACAGCCAUGAGGAAGGGAGAUAGGUUGGACCUGUGGGUUGACGAGGAUGAUGAUGGUGAAGAGCAGUCAUCCUCAUCAUCGCCAGUCAACAUAGAUGGAGGCGACGUCAUCCUGGCGAAGGAUACGUUCAAAGGCUGCAUUACAAACCUCUACACAAGGAGGGAGAGCAACCAGUAUAGGCCAGAAGACCUGACAGAAUUCCAAAAAGGCGGGGAUGUUUUGCUGGACGUGUGCAGUGCUGAACACCCACCCCGGCUGAUGCUGGCCAGGCAGAACAGCACCACCAGCUUGCCGACUCAGGAGCCCGCAGAUGGGACCUCCUCUGGCUGCAGGAUGCCCACAGCCAUCCAGCAUGCCCACCAGCUUGGAGGACCUGCCAGCUACUUAAACUACAGCCUCACCCCACAGAUGCUCCUGAACCGGCCUCAGUUCUCCCUGGACAUGCGGACCCGGUCAGCGGAUGGGGUGCUGUUCUAUGUGGGCGGCCCACAUCAAAAGUCCUUCGUCACUCUUUGUGUGGUGGGCGGCAGGAUCCGGCUGGUCAUUGGAGGGAGGAGUGUCUUCAACAGGGAGAAGUUCAACAAUGGGAAAUGGCACACAAUCACGUUUGGCUGGGGGGCUGGAAACUUCCGCCUGGUUGUGGAUGGGCUUCACAUCAAAGAAGGGCAACUACUCCUCAAUGACCGACUCUCGGACCUGCAGCCGCACAUCUUCCUAGGCAGCGUGCCAGCAUCCAUACUCUCCAGGCAUCAGUGGAAGUCCCUCCCCAGCGAGAGUGUGAUUGGAUGCAUCCGUAACUUCAAGCUAAAUGGUCAACCAAUGGAAGGACCUGCUGUUAAUCAUGGGGUGGCACCUUGCUUUGAUGGACCAUUCGAAAGCGGAGCCUACUUCUCAGGACAUGGGAGCUAUGCUGUUAUAGAGAACUCCUUCGUCGUGGGCGUCAGCUUUGAGCUUGUGUUCGAGAUUCGACCCAGAAACCUGACAGGACUCCUCUUCCACGUGGGUGGGUCUCACGAGGGACAUCAUUUGACCCUUUUCAUGAGGAAUGGGCAGGUGGUGGUCCAGGUGGACAACGGAGAGGGGGUUUUCAGUGUUACUAUCACACCACAGCAGCCCCUCUGUGAUGACACCUUCCACCGCGUAGCAGUGAUCAAGCGAAACAAUGUUGUCCAGCUGGACGUGGAUACUGAGGGCAGCUAUACAGUGGGACCCCCCUUAUCUUCAUAUACCAAUACAAGUGGUCCCCUCUUUGUUGGAGGCCUUCCAGGGACUCUUCCACGUCCAGUGAUCUUCAUAGCACCUUUCACUGGCUGUCUGCAGAGAGUCAUCAUAAAUGGGAGGCGGGUGUCCUUCGACAAAAUCUCCCAAGUUUUUGGCCCUGUCAACCUUAGGGAAUGUCCAGCGAGAUGAGUGAACCGGCCUACUGUAGUCUAAUGACUACAUCACCUAAUUUAAAGGUUCCUAAGCAUGAAUUUUAUGCCAAGGACUGUCAUGAUUAUUUAUUUUUGGACAAAAAAAAAUCAGCUUUGAUCAACUGCAAUUUGAAUAUACUCUCACGUUGUGCAAUCCUUUUAUAUUCUUGACUACAUACUUGUGUUAAGUUCCAUGGAACAACUGUGUAAAUAUUAAGUGCAGUGGUCAGUUGCUGUUUGCGUGGAAGCCUCGUUCCUUCUUCCCUUGAAAGAAGGAAGUGUGUGGGUUUUCGUAUUGUUGUGCAAUAUUUCUUGCCUGAUUAAACUUUUCUACAAAAUUGCA